AUUAUGUGUAUUUUGAGACGUCGUCCACAUCACCAUAUCAAAUUAGAAGAAUAGAAGAAUUGAACAAGACCCCAAAUGGCAACGUGGAGGCCAAGGUGAUGUGCUUCUACAGACGGCGGGACAUCUCCUCCAACCUCAUCAUGCUGGCAGACAAACAUCAGAGUGCCUUAGACGAAGAUGAGAGUGAAGGUGAAGGGGGUGAUUCUGGGUCCACUAUUGUAACUCCAGCUGGUGAGGUCCUCAACUCAGGGGAGCGCCAUCAACUUCGGCACCGCGAGCUCUUCCUCUCCCGACAGAUAGAAACCCUCCCUGCCACGCACAUAAGGGGCAAAUGCACUGUCACGUUACUCAAUGAGACAGAGUUGCUCUUGGCCUAUCUCAAUAAAGAGGAUACUUUCUUCUACUCUCUUGUAUAUGACCCUCAGCAAAAGACAUUGUUAGCAGAUAAAGGUGAAAUUAGAGUUGGUUCAAGAUUUCAAGCAGAUAUUACAAACCUAUUAAAAGAAGGAGAAAGCGAUGGUCGUAAUAUGGAAGAAUUAGAAAGUCUGGUCUGGACCCCAUACCAUGGUUUAACAGACCGCCAAAUAGACCAGUUCUUAGUGAUGUCACGGUCAGUAGGGACUUUUGCCAGAGCCUUAGACUGCUCAUCAUCAGUCAAGCAGCCAUCACUGCAUAUGAGUGCGGCAGCUGCAUCGAGAGAUGUCACAUUAUUCCAUGCCAUGGACACUUUACACAAGCACAACUAUGACAUCAGCAAAGCAUUAUGUUCCCUAAUACCUGCCACGGGGCCUGUCCUCUGUCGAGAUGAGAUGGAAGAGUGGUCAGCCUCUGAGGCAAACCUGUUUGAGGAAGCCCUUGAAAAGUAUGGCAAGGACUUCAAUGACAUCAGACAAGAUUUUCUGCCUUGGAAAACUCUAAAGAAUAUAAUAGAGUACUACUAUAUGUGGAAAACAACAGAUAGAUAUGUACAGCAGAAAAGAGUGAAGGCUGUUGAGGCAGAGUCCAAAUUAAAGCAGGUUUACAUUCCUAACUAUAACAAGCCAAAUCCAGCAGCUCUCUCCAACGGUAAAACAUCGAUGGUGAAUGGAAAUGGAACUGAUGUGUCUGUAUCUGGCAAGGCCUGCGAGUCCUGUCACACAACAAGCAGCAGUCAGUGGUACGCCUGGGGCCCAUCGCACCUGCAGUGCCGACUAUGUAACUCCUGCUGGCAGUACUGGAAGAAGUUCGGAGGACUAAAGCUCCCCUCCCGCAUUGGCAGAGAAGAAGAACGACUGCACAGUGGCAGUCGUUCACAGCGGUGUAAUGUAGGUGGGUGUGGACGAGAGUACAAGACACGAUCGCAGUUAAUUCGCCACGCUGCCCAAGCACAUGGAGUGGCUCUCCGGGCUGGCUCCCCAAGACCCAUCAUGAAAACUCGAGCAGCCAUCAUGGUACACACUAGCCUUCCCAUUCGUGUUAUGCGUCGCCUUUGUCAAGACAUCAUCCAACCAAGGAAAGCUUGUCGCAAUCCAACUUGGCCCAUCAAUGCAGCAAACAUUCGACAAGAGAGUCUCCAGCGGAUGGGUGGGAAAUCCUUUGAAGAUUUUGCGUACCUGGUUAAGAGGGGGACGGGGCGGCGACGAGGGAGAGUGUCUCACGUGUCUAUCCGCUUAGGCCAAAAGGACCUGGCUUGCCCCGCAUGGAUGCUCCCCACGGACAAGUUGCUCCUCCCAAAACAACCUCACAUAGCAUUCCCAAAACCUCCCAAGGGACCAGAUGGCAGUCUGAUAUACACACCAGUACCCAACAGAGAGCUUCCUGUUGUCAAUAACACCUCGCCAACUUUGCUAAAGCGAAGGGCCUACGAGGAGAUCAAUGGAAUGGACGAGGGCGAAUUGGAAGAAGGACUCCAGCCACCAAAGCGGUUAAAGGAGAUGGAGGCUCUGGACUCCUUGCGCCUGAACCAGCUUGGGGUGAACCCACCCCCGGGCUUGACGGUCACGCCGGUGGGGGUGAACGGGAGUCCCGGCUUGACUCCGCCGGUGGUCCCGACGCCUCCACCCCUGAUGGCGGGGGUCCCCAACCUGGGCACCCCGAACACCCCUGGGCGGGCCAAGAUAGCAACAGUGUCGAGGGUGGGAGGCCGCCCCCGGAUCAUCUCUUGGAUGGAUGCCCCUGAUGAUGUGUACUUCUACGCCACAGAGUCUACCAAAAAAUUGCGUAGAAGUUUAACUACGAAUGACCUGAAGCGGGCAGCCCGAAGACCCUGGAAGAAGAUCGUAGAGAAGGAGUCACCCCUUUCACACACCUUACGAGCGACUGAUCCAGCCAGGACGAGGAGACAACCCCGCCCCAACCCAAACCCUCUGCGCCGAUGAGCUAAGAGAACGACAACACAUUCCCUGCUGGAGUGCGCGUGGGAUUCCUCUAUGGAUGUCCCCCCAAAAGUGGCUUGUUUUCAAUGACCGUGUGCCCCAACAGUGACUUGAGCGUGUUUGUGUGUGCAAGCCAGACACCAAAAGCAGCAUGUCGGACUGCUGCCGUUUUGGCUUGAUAGGCAAAGUGUUGUUGUGGAGGACUUUUUAAUUCCAGGAGAGGACGGCCAGAUCUUGAAGACGGAAGAAUCAAAGUUCAAAACCUCUUAAUGCUAAGUGAGAGGAAUUUUGUGUGAGUGAAGCUUAAAACACAGAGAGGGCUUGUGCAAGCUGGUGGAUCUGCAGACUAGUUCCAUAGGGUGACUCUUGUGUAGUUAUGGUGUGAAUCUGUGAGGAGUACCUGAGGAGAAGCAACAUCCAAGAUGGGGCUUUUCUAAUGAUCUGAUCUGACAGGAUUAAUGAGGUAACGGAUGAUGAUAAGAAUGAAGAACAUUGUUAUAAAAGUACUGUGGAAUUCCCAAGAUUGUUAAAAAAAAAGAGGGUUGGUUUGUAUGAGUGAUGAGUGAUUAAUCCAUUAUUGACAAAAGUAAUCUGU